UAUCAAAGAAAUAGCUCAAAAUGUGCAGCAGACAACGCCUAGGCCCUUCAUCAUAACGUCCCCCACUGUAUCAUUUGCUACAUUCCAAAAAGGAGAUGGAGAGGGAUCUGUCAGGCGACGUCCCACAAUUCCAAGCUGUAAUCGGGAACGCUCGCUCAUGCUGUGUCCUGUCAAUGGAGAAGAGCAAGAGCAAGGGCAGGGACGCCGAGGAUGGAGUGCAUGACAUUACCAAUCUCUGCAUAUUGUAACUUCAAACCGAUGGUAUCCGAGUCAUUCGAGUAUCUCUACCAAAGAAUUCCAGAUUGCAUUGUAAAUGUCUGAGAAACCUAGAGCCCAGUAUGAGGAAGGCGACCAGGCCAGUGGCUGGCAUAUCCAAAGCCACGACAGCAGGCACUAAGGCCCAGACUGGGGAGAGAGUCAAGCCUGAGGGCGCUACCAUGGGCACAGCUGGCAAGAAUACAGCCAAGACCUCCGCCACCGCACCACUCUCUAAGGCGAAGAGCAGUGAUGACUUGCCAUCAGCAACAACAGUAGGCAGUGGAGCCUCUGCUGGGAUCAGCACUGUUGCUAAGGCCAAGAAGACUAGCUCUGCCCACUCUUCAACCUCCUCCACUACAGGUACCAGUAACACAGAGGGCAAGACAAAGACCAGCUCAGGCAAGCGUGGGACCUCCUCGGUGGUGAAGGAGCCCGGUUCAUCCCGGGAGGGCCUGCGAGAACGCUCCAGAACUGGCACCGCCAGCAGGAAGCUCUCCGGACCCUCGGACGCCUUGGCACCGCCCAAGAGAGUCCGCAGCCGGGCCAUGACUGAGUCCGAGUCCCAUAUGAGCAAGUCCAGGUCGGACGGGCAGCUCAGCAACAAGACGGUCCUGGAGAGCAGGGUGAAGGACCUGCUGGGCCUGGCUAAGAGCAAAGACGUGGAGAUCCUCCACCUGCGCACAGAGCUGCGGGGCAUCUGUGUCCAGCUAGGCCUGCCGGAGGAGGAUGGGGGGAGCAGAGAGAGGGGUGAGGGAGAGGAGACUGCUGAGGCUGAGCCCCUACAAGAACAGGAGAAAGAAGCCCCUACUCCACUCAUCUCUACAGACGUUGAGUCCACCCUGCUCUUGCUGCAGGACCAGAACCAGGGGAUCCGCGGGGAGCUGAACAUGCUGAAGAGUGAGAACCGCAUGCUGAAGGACCGCCUCAAUGCCCUGGGUUUCUCCCUGGAGCAGAGGCUAGACUGCCCCCUCAAAGCCCUGCGAGGCCCCUGCCUCAGCCCAGAGCUUCUCCCAGCCAGCAGUGGCAGAGAUGGAGGGUUCCCACGGGCCUCUUUUCUACAUGGGGUCUCCCCACACGGCUCUGCCCGCGGCUCCAACGAAGACCUUCUGGACCCCCGGCAAGCUAUCUCCCCUGAGGCGGCCGACAGCGAGUGCAGUGAAGCCUACCAGCCAAUCACCUCCAGCGAUGAUGCCCUGGACGCUCCCUCUGGCUCUGCCUCUGCCUGCUGCUCCUCCUCCUCCGAGUCAGAGGGCGGGCCACCGAAUCACGGCGAGCGCUCCUGUAGAGGCAGCAGAGGCAGCAGUGGCAACACCAGCGAGGCGUCGGUGGCCUGUCUAACGGAGCGCAUUCACCAGAUGGAGGAGAACCAGCACUGCACCUCUGAGGAGCUCCAGGCCACACUACAGGAGCUGGCCGACCUGCAGCAGAUCACUCAGGAACUAAGCACAGAGAACGAGCGGCUGGGCGAGGAGCGGGCCAUCCUGGUGGACUCUUUGUGCCAGCAGGGCGACCGGCUGGAGUUGUACGGCCGGCAGAUGGACUACUUCCGGGGCCUGCUGGACGAGCACCGCGUGACCUAUGCCCCAGUCGACGAGGAGGACAUUAAGAGCGGCCGCUACCUGGAGCUGGAGCGCAGCUACGUGGACCUGACUGAUGGCACCCACUUCGAGAGGGAGCAGCUUUUGGGGGUGCAGCAGCACCUGAGUGGGGCGCUGAAAAUGGCCGAGCAGGACAACGCAGAGGCCCAGGGCCUGAUUUCAGCGCUAAAGGAGCGGGUGCACAUGGCGGAGCGGCAGGCUGAGAUGGAGCGCAGGGAGAGGGCAGCCGCGGCCACAGAGCUGGAGGUCCUGAGGGAGGCGGCCGGGGGUGAGCAGGCGGAGCUGGCUCGAUGCAGGGCCCAGCUGGAGCAGGAGAGACAGAGGGUGGCUGAGCUCUACUCCAUCCACAAUGCCAGGGAUAAGACGGACAUCCACCACAUGCUGGAAAGCGAGAGGAGGGACAAGGAGAGGGCAGAGGCCGAGUCUGCUCAGCUGCAGGAGGAGCUGGACCACACCCGCAACGAGGCUGCCAGGCUGGAGGACGGCAUCAGCAAGCUGGAGGAGAACUUCCGUGCGUUUCGUGAUGAGGUACAGAAGCAGCUAGCAGAGCAGAAGCGGGCCCUGGCCCAGCAGUGUUCUGAGCUGGAGGAGAGGGACACAGAGGUCUCGGACAUGAAGGAGACCAUCUUUGAGCUGGAGGACGAAGUGGAGCAACACCGAGCCAUCAAACUCCACGACAACCUCAUGAUCACAGACCUGGAGAACUCCAUCAAAAAACUGCAGGACCAAAAACAUGACAUGGAGCGUGAGAUCAAGAUUCUGCAUCGAAAGCUACGGGAGGAGUCUAUGGAGUGGCUUCAGUUUCAGGCCGACCUGCAGACGGCGGUGGUCAUCGCUAAUGACAUCAAGUCCGAGGCUCAGGAGGAGAUUGGGGAUCUGCGGCGCCGCCUACUGGACACACAGGAGAAGAAUGAGAAGAUGAGCAAAGAGCUGGAGGAGCUCAAGAAGCAGGAUGAGGAGAGGGGCAGGGUAUAUAACUACAUGAAUGCGGUUGAGAGGGACCUAGCUGCCCUUAGGCAGGGCAUGGGUCUCAGCCGACGCUCCUCUACCUCCUCUGAGCCCUCUCCCACCGUCAAGACCCUUAUCAAGAGCUUUGACAACGCCUCCACUGCAGGCCCUGUCCCAACCUCCCCCACAGCAGCCGUGCCAGCAGUUAACACAACGAUUGCCCGUACACCUCUCAGCCCCAGCCCUCUGAAAACCCCACCCGCUGCUGCUAUCUCUCCCAUACAGAGGCACACCGCGUCGACCCCCAAACCCCUGUGCUCCAUGGUGGAAAAGAGGUCCAGCUACACAGACCUCACUAUGCCAGCAGAUCACCUGCUCCGGGCCUCGCCUGGGACCCGCACCCCCUCUGCCCUCCAGAGGGUCCCCAACAUGGACUCCUCCAAGUCCCUCUCAGUGUCCCGAAGGAGCAGUGAGGAGCUGAAGAGGAACUUAUCUGCCUCAGAGAACAGUGCCUCGGCCUCCCUCAUCACCUCCUCCCCCCAGGUCUCCUCCCUUUCCCCCACCACCUCCUCCCCCACCGCCUCAGUCACCCCCUCCACAAGGGGACGCUUACGGGAGGAGAGAAAAGACCCCCUGUCUGCACUGGCCAGGGAGUACGGGGGAUCCAAGAGGAAUGCCCUGCUUAAGUGGUGCCAGAAGAAGACUGAAGGAUACCUGGUACUAACCAACAGGAACAUUGACAUCACCAACUUCAGUAGCAGCUGGAACGACGGGCUGGCCUUCUGUGCUGUUCUCCACACCUACCUGCCUGCCCACAUCCCCUACCUAGAGCUCUCCAGCCAGGACAAGAAGCGAAAUUUCACACUGGCUUUCCAGGCAGCUGAAAGUGUCGGGAUCAAGUCCUCAUUGGACAUUGGAGAGAUGGUGCACACAGAGAGGCCUGACUGGCAGAGUGUGAUGACCUACGUCACUGCCAUCUACAAGUACUUUGAGACGUGACCCAUCUUCAAGCCUGAACACCUCGCUGCCCACACACACACGUCCAGCCAGGGCUAUCUCAACACUGGACAACCUUUGAGCAACAUCAGCCAAUGCUACCUGCAAAGACGUCUGGGACCCUGAGUUCUACAUUAAGCUGUAUCUCUUAACUCAACCGAUAUAUUCCAUGUUUACACUGCAAUGUUCUACAAACUCUUUGCUUGGGAUGCGAAUGUGGCUUCUCAGUUUGACUGAAUCCCUCACACUAUGCUGUGGAUAGACCGAGGCCAUGGGUAUUAGACAAUGUGUUGAUCUGUCCUUCAACAGUGACGUCCUGUAUACUCAAGUCUUCUGGCCUCUUGACACCAGUCCUAUGCGAACUCUGUGCUGUCUGCAGUAGCCUACACCAUCAUCACCUCCAACAUUACACUGUAGUUCAUGUUUAGCUAGCUGAAAAAAGUGUGUAUGGUUUUGGAUUUGGAAUACUGCGGAGAACAGGAUUGUCUUUUUAAAAUGCCUUUGGCUUUGUCCAUUUUGUCUGUUCGCUCAAUGACUUGAUGGUAAGUGUGUCCUACCUGACUGACAGCGGGUCCAGCUUAACUGUCAAUGUAGAUGUUCUAACUAGGCUGUUUUAGUCCAAUGCUUUGCUGUGAUAUUUAUUCCAAAGAGAUAAUUUAGCCUACAAGUUUGGCAGAUGAAAAUGUAUUGAACUUCAUAGGAAUCAAUGCCAUGUUAGUCUCUUGUUUGUUUUUGCCAAUUAUGACAAUGCCCAUUGACCAUUAGGAAUUUUAAUAAUAAUACAUAGGACUUAUAGCGCUUUUUGAAGGACCCAAAGUCGAACGGAGUUCAAUCACAUUGACGUCUUUUACGCCAUUUAUUAUUUUUCUCAGUCUGUUGUGUCCAGACUCUGAGAGUGAUGGUUGGCCACCACGGCCAGUCUCUGGGUGUACAGUGAGGUCCCUGUAGCACACCCAUCCAUAAAUAGGCUGAACAACACAGGUUGCUGACCUGAUAAGCUAACAGUUUGGGCAUUAAGGUAAAAGCACCGCUUACUGUUCAGCAAAUCCUCACUGGUUUCAAAGCACAACGAGGGGAGGUGAGGCUCUUUACUCAAAUGGAAUGUGUUUAAACCAUCAAUGCCAUAGAAACCACUGAACGUUUCAAAGCAGUUGGAUGUACUACACGCAGUAAAGCCCCUUCCUCCAGCACAGGGAAAUCAUAUUAGCUAUGUAUGUUCCCACCACACAUGGGGAAAGCUUACAAUUCUCAUUUGCUUUGAAGUAGUUAAAUAUGUAUUGGUGUAUGUGUGAGAACUCAUGAGUUGUGUUUUUGGUACAUUGGAAUAGUCUCCGUAUACUGAGAUGCCAUGUGAAUAUUUCAUAACAUUUUGUUGUUGCUCAUAAAAAGGCAUCUGAUAAGGUUUCCUCAGCUAAGAUGAGCUACAGUCAUUUAAAUGGUACUGGUCAUUGUCAGGAAUCAAGGCUAAUAGACACAGAGUGUACAAAACAUUAGGAACACCUUCCCUCAGAAUAGCCUCAAUUUGUCAGGGCAUGGACUCUACAAG